AUGUACAUUGCGGUAACGAAUAAAGUUAUGGCUGGAUCAACUGUUUUGUUUUCGUUGACUAAAGAUGACAUAAACGAAUCGUUAAUUUGUGAUAAGGACGCAAACGGCUAUCGAUUGCUGACAGAUGAUGAAAUCAUUGAAAUGGCAAAAGUGGAGGACGAAACAGAUUCAGAAGCUGACACAGACUCAGAAUUUGAUGGUGGCGAUGUCGAUGAUGUCCUUCCAGGGCUCUACGUUGGAAAUUAUAGAGAUUCUAAGGAUUCUACGCAACUUUCUAAAUACAGUAUAACUCACAUCUUAGCUAUCCACGACACUGCACGAAGAAUACAUUCGGAUAAACACUAUUUGUGUGUAAUGGCGUCGGAUUCACCGGAUCAAAAUUUAACUCAAUAUUUUUCACUAUGUAACGAUUUUAUACACGCAGCCCGACUCCGGGAUGGAAAUGUGCUCAUUCAUUGCUUGGCAGGAAUGUCUCGAAGUGUAACCGUAGCAGUGGCGUAUAUUAUGUCUGUUACUACUUUGAAUUGGAAAGAAGCUCUAAAAGUCGUGAGAGCAGGACGAGCAGUUGCCAAUCCUAAUUUAGGUUUUCAAAAGCAAUUAGAGGAAUUUGAAUGCACUAGGUUACUUGAGGAACGAAGACGUUUAAAAGAAAGGUAUCCUAGUCUGGCGUUAGUAUAUAGGGAUCAAGAGCAGUGUGCUCUGAUGCUCAAUAAUUACGAAGAACUGUUACAAUCCCGUUCGAUUUGUGAAGGAAAAUGUGCCUUAGGGGAGCAGUGCCCUACUGGGUUGUGUCGGUCUGGAAGUACGCAAAAGAGGACGACGAGAAGAAGAAAUAGUAGGUCUCAGUCUGAAAUGCGCAGGAGUCCGAGUAGUACAAGUACCAAUAGCAAUUGCAGUACGAGUAGUAGUAGACCUCGGUCCAGUCCUUCGGGUCUACGAAGCUAUACUGGAUCGGCCCCACCGUCGAGGUCCGGAUCAAAAGUCGAUCUCUCAUCGUUGGGAUCAUCUGGAACUUUAACCGCCCCAUCCACACCUAUGGGAAGCCCCCCGAUAUCGCCGAAACGUCGUGGGGUCUUUCCCGAUAACAUUUCUGUACCACUCGCUUUAAAAGAAGACGAAUGCGACUUAUAGCCCCACUAGGUUUCCCUGGUUUAGGUUUAGUUGUGGUUUACUUUAGUGAUUUAAGGUAAUUUUUAGUGAUAUGAUUAAAAUGAGUCAAAAUCUACUUUUAUAAAUCGGGAUCAUUUUGGAUAUUACAUUGCUCUACUUGUCAAUAAUAUAGUAAUAAUAAGUAAUAAAGAUUGUCAAUACACAAAGGUUCAUAAAAUUGCUCAAGUUAAAUUUGAUGUGUCUCUUAAUUCUUUAUAAUUUUUUUAAAAUUCUUUUAGAAUUAUAUUAAAUUUGUAAACUCUUACGUAAAUUUGAUGAUAAGCA